AACGCAGGAGAGCAGCAGAGUAAGCUUCCGGUCUUCCGUUUGGGAUUUUGCACGCUGUUCAGAGAAACGAAUUGGCGUUAGAGUGAAGCGGUUCAGGAUUCGUCCUCCUUCCGAGCUGUCUUCCUCCGCGACGUAAACGAAACCGAACCAAACAUAUUGAUUUUUUGCACACUCCUGUAAUAUCCUCCGUCCUUGACUGACCUUUUCGGAUACCGCUUUUCAGUGACAUCAUGAAUGAAGAAGAUCACAGUGAGGAUGGGUCUGUGCGCUUACAAAACCCCCACAUUAGAGAAAUGGAGCAAGAUUUUUUGUACCAUAUAUCACUUUGUAGCGGAGCUCAGGAUUUGCAAGAAAUGUUUUCAGACGUAAAAUUUGUUUGUAUGGGAGGAACUCCGAGAAGAAUGGAAAAAUUCGCCCAUUUUGUGGAGAAAGAACUUAAUAUUAAGCUCCCCACUGGAGCUGCGCUGUGUGAUAUAAGUGCUCGUUCAUAUAGAUAUUCAAUGUACAAAAUAGGACCUGUUAUAUCAGUCAGUCAUGGUAUGGGUAUUCCGUCUUUAUCUAUCUUACUUCAUGAAAUGAUCAAGUUAAUGUAUCACGCACGAUGUAAAGAUCCCAUAUUCUUAAGACUCGGAACCUGUGGUGGAAUAGGCAUUCCAGCCGGUUCCUUAGUUAUCACAGAAGAAGCAGUGGAUGGUAGAAUGCGAAAUUAUUUAGAACUGGCUGUUCUAGGAAAACUAGUUCAAAGACCUGCAAUUUUGGACAAGAAUUUGGCAACAGAACUUAAACUUAUAGCUGACAGAGAAAUCACAGAAUGUCAAACCUUUUUUGGAAAAACCAUGUGUACUGAUGAUUUUUAUGAAGGGCAGGGUCGAUUGGACGGAGCUUUCUGCCAUUACACAGUGGAUGACAAAAUGGCAUUUCUCGCCGAUAUACAUUCAAAAGGCGUAACAAAUAUGGAAAUGGAAUCUCUAGCAUUUGCCUCCAUUUGUAAUCAUGCUGGCAUAAAAGGUGCUGUUAUUUGUGUAACAUUGUUAAAUCGUCUACUUGGUGAUCAACUCAGCGAGUCUAAAGAAACGAUGGAAGAGUGGCAGGAGAGACCUCAGAGGCUGGCUCUCAAAUUCAUCAAGAAACGCCUUAAUAUGUAGCCUUCAAUACAAUUCGUUGAUGUACUAAGAGUUUGAAGCAUUCCAAACUGCAUUGCCUUUGGUGUGCCAACGGCAUUUAGCGUAUAUGUAUUAAUUUUUCAGAACCACCGCAAUGGCCAAAUUUCGAUACUUUAAGUUUUUGGAAGAUGCAUGUUUGAAUUAAACGUAUAGCUUGCUUCAAAUAUUUGAUAUAGAAUUUUAAUAACCAGUAUAUGUUAUUUAUAUUAUUAAACAAUAGAAUGGAUUAUAAUAUUUGAUAAAAAAUGCAAUUAUCAAUGGAAUGGGUAAAAUUGCUUUAUUUUAGUACCAUAUGUAAUUCAGUGAGACCAAAUAUUCUUAAAUAAUUCCUUGAAUAAAAACUUUUACAAAAACAGUGAAAGAAAACAAAGUCCUUAACUGAUUUCCUUCAAGAAAGUAGGGACUUUUCUCCAUAAAAUGUUUUUAAACUCUAAAAGAAGUUCAAUGCCUUGAGGAGCAUUGGUUUUGAACAAGAUAAUUCAAUUUUCCUUUUCAGAAAUAUAUACAGCUUCCGCUUUUGUCACGAGCAGCUAUAAAAAAUCUUCGAACUAAUGUUAUAUGCCGAUAUACUUCGUUUCUUUAUAUUUUUUUUAACUUUAUUAUUAUAAUUAAUAUUAGCUUAGCAUCUGCUUAAUUUAUGGAGAACCUGUAUAUAGUAGAUUGCCAUUACCUUGUACCUCCUUCUAAUAUAUAUUAAUGAUAAAUUCAUAUUUAAAAAAAAGAUAGGAAAAUAGCUAGCACAAUUUUGAAGCUUUUCAAAAAUUAGAAUCCGAACAUUUUCUAUAAAGAAUAGCGAAUUUUUACAAUAUAUCAGGAAAGAAAAAACGAUCAUUUGAAAAGAAAAUAUACACUGGCUUUCAAAAUAAUAAUUUCAGUAGUAAAAUAUAUUUGUAAGGAAAAUAUUCACCGGCUAGAAGGCUGUUGACUUUCAGCCUCAAAAUGACGGAUAUAUUUACUGAGAGGGGGUUAUAGAUCGAAACGCAGGGUAGUCGUAGAAGAAUAACAAGGUUGUAACGUAUACGACUGUACUCACAUUCCCUGAUUUAUAAAAAUAGACUCUUCUGAUAUUUCAGUACGCUUGCUCUCAACCGCCUUAUUCAUGAAAUCCGGAGAGUACCAGUAUAUCGAACCCAUAGAAGAGACUAUUCUUUAUGAGAAAUAAAAGUUUUUAAAUUCAAUACACAGCGGGUAACCAUGGUUUGAUACUUCCUCAUUAAACAAUAGCAGAAUUGUCAACAUAACAAGUUGUAAUUCUUUACUUUGAUAUUUAUUGCUACAGACUUACAAAAUUUUUAAUUAAAACUCUUUUUUUAACUGUCAUAGUGUCCACUUGGGGUUACGAUAUAUUAGAUUUUUUUUUUUACUUUAUUCUUUUUAUAUUUCCCUCUUAUCACUGACUGUUACAGCACAUGUACAAAAAUACUGAUAAAGCAAUAAUUGAUAUAUCCAAAUAAAUUAAUAAUGAAUUUAUAUUCAAUGUUUAAUCGACCAAAAGUUUGAACUAUUGUUAACGAAUUUUUGCAAAGCAUUUAAAAUAAAUUAUAUCUUAUUUUGUAAAUUUCUUAUUGUGAGAUUUCUAUACUGUGUUACUUUAUAUAUUUGUUUAUAUGUAUAUUGGAUAUAAACAUUCUAUAUAUAUAUAUAUAUAAAGAGGUAUCAUGUUUAUGGAUGAAGUGUUUAUUCAUU